GUAAAAAUCUGUCAUGGCUGCCGAAACUUCCGGUGAUCAUGGAGCUAUCAACGUGGAGACCCAUACAUUUACCAUACCUUGCAAGGAGAUUAAGAGACAUGAUGACAUGCCAAGGUGGGACAAGUCAGAGGCUCAUAGAGAUAUAGUUGGUUUUAUUGGAGCAAUGAAUGAUGCAGUUAAGAACAAAACAUUACGUUCUGAGUUCCCAGUCUCUGAGACAGUGUCAAAGUUAGUAAGUGUUUUGGAAACACUCUCUGGUUAUGUUGAUGAAGUUCCUCCUUGUGAACAGCCCCAACGGUUUGGUAACAAAUCCUUCCGUGAUUGGUUCUCCAAGAUGAAAGAUAAUAUAGAAGAACUACUUAAAGAAGCCCUUCCAUUAAAAUUCCACCCAGCUAUUGUAGAAGUAUCAGUUUAUCUCAUAGAAAGUAUGGGGAAUAAUACUAGAAUCGACUAUGGGACAGGCCAUGAGCUGUCAUUUAUUGCCUUCUUGUGUUGUCUUUAUAAGAUAGGAGCCUUUGUGGAAUCAGAUUCAGUAGCUGUUGUAUUUAGAAUUUUCAAUGAGUAUUUAAAGUUAGUGCGUAAAUUGCAGUUGACAUACAGAAUGGAACCUGCUGGUAGUCAGGGUGUCUGGAGUUUAGAUGAUCACCAGUUUGUACCAUUUAUAUGGGGCAGUGCCCAGCUUCUAGAUCAUCAAAGAAUCAAACCUAAGGCAUUCACAGAUCCUGAUAUUUGUCUCUCCUUUUCAAAAGACUUCAUGUUUCUCGGCAGUAUCGAACAUAUAAAUAAGGUAAAAACAGGUCCAUUUGCUGAGCAUUCUAACCAACUUUGGAACAUAAGUGGAGUACAGAAAUGGGAGAAGGUCAAUUCAGGGUUAAUGAAGAUGUAUAAAGCAGAGGUUUUAGCCAAACAUCCCGUAAUUCAACAUUUCUUAUUUGGAUCAUUGAUGUCCAUUAAUCCUGCUACUUGACAAACACUUAAUUUAAGAACAAUACAACAACCAGCUUGCUACAGAGUGGGAAAUGUUCUAUUUUGCCUUUGCUCAUAAACAGUUGGGUUAUAAGGGUUAUGACUACUGUACAGCAGAAUGUAGCACUACACAUGAAGUGUUGGAACAAGUUAUUUCCAUAGAAUUGCUUCAAACAGGCUACUUCAUAGGAACUGAAUGAACUCCAGCAUACAAGGAAUGACCAUAUCUUUCAUGCUGUGUAUAAUGUGUAGGACGAAAAUAAGUUUCUACUUGUAUCUAUAAAAUACAAGUUGAAUUCAAAUGUGACUAAUUUCAUGAGGCAAUAAAAUUUGAAUUACUGUAAUUGUGAGUUGUUUUCGUUCUUGGUUUGGUGUGUCAUAUGGACUACAACAUUGUUAAAGGAUUUAAGCCAGACUCGAUGCAUUGUGUGCUGAAUCAUUCCUCCUGAAGGUGUAGUUUUCACAUCUGCAUGACCACACAGCGGAAAUGCAAAGUUAAGGAAACAAAGCUUGAGUGGAAUGAUAGAUUACAAAAGGUGUUCAUUGCACUUGCCAAAUUAAAGUUUUGAUUCAUUAUAUUGUGCAUCUUCAUACAAUAUAUUGGUGCUCCUUGUUUGGAAUUUGAAUAUUUUGAAGAAAAAUAGGCCUCUCC